AUGGCUUUCGGAAAUCUCAAGACCAAGCAGGCCAAUGCCGUUCCUGCCUUCUCCCCGUCAUACUCGAAGGCUAGAGUCGAAUGGGCCGACAUCGACAUGAUCGUCAUCAGCUUCUACACCAAGGCUGAAACCAUCGCAAACUACAUACCGGAAGAGCUCGAGAUCGAAGAAGAACCGCUGGUCACCUACUUCAUCGCCAAUUGGGGCUAUAGCAGCAUGGGCGCCUACACCGAAUUCGUUGGCUACGUCGAAGUCAAGUACAAGGGUGAAAAGUACGACUUUGCCCUGGAGUUGGUGCUGGAAAACGAAGCCGCGCUCUUCCUGGGCCGCGAGCAAUUCGGUAUGCCGAAAGUCAUCGGCCACGUCGAGUUUGACCGCAAGAACUGCAGCAGCAGUGAUGGUGGUGCUCUCACCGCGUACGUGGAGCGACCGGUGGGACACAGGAGCAUCCAGUUUGCCUUCAAGGCUGACGCGAGAGUCCAUGGUGUCAAACCUCUCCCUCCACCAGAGAAACGAAUCCUGGUUCUGCGGAUCAUGCCUGGCGCUGGCGUUGGUGACGAUCCCGUCGUACGCGAGUUUGUUUCCUUGCACAUGCAGGUCACCGAGGGCGAGGUUUGGUCUGGAACGGGGUCCAUCAAGCUUAACCCUGGCUCAGAGUUCGACAUCGCGCCCAACAUCCCGAUCAUACGUUACAACAGCUCGAUCUUUAUCUCACAUGGAAGUGGAUAUGUUGAUGGCUUGGCCAGAACGCACAAGUUGUAG